ACCACAAACGCACACCUGUCCCAGAAUAAACAAGUGUGGGUAUUGUUUCACGUAAAGGGGGUUAAUUAGUCUUACCUGAGUUUCUGACAGGUGACUAGGGAGCGUCCCUCACUGUGGUAGCAAUUGGUACUUGUAAACUGCUAACUAUAAACUACUUUUUUGAUACGGUAAUUUGUUGCGAAUAUUCACUCUGUAUUUUAUUUUGACCUGUUUGUUUGUUUACUUCACUCUCUUUCUCCGUCUCCCUUUACCUGUUUGUUUCUGUCCACCUGCCUGCCUACCGGUGCCUCUGCUAAUUGUCUGUCUCAUCCUGUCUUUUACCUGUUUCUUUUUUAUUACUUUUAUUUUUCUUUGUUUCGUAUUUUGUGUCUUUCUCUUAUGCUUUCCUCUUUUUCUGCUUUUCUAUGUCUUCUGUCUUUCCUCUAUUCUGCUUUUUCUUCUAUCCUCCUCCUCUUCUACCUUUCUUCUCUCCCACUCGUCUCUUUUCCCAGCUUUCUCUUCUUCCCCUUUCUUCUCCUCUACCAUUUUCUAUCAUCAUUCUUUUCUACUCUCCUCCUCUAUCCUUCUUUUCUACCCUUCUCUUCUACGUAUCUCUUCACCAUUUCUCCUCUACCUUCCACUAAAUGUCAAAUCAACCUGUCUCUACCUGUUAAAUUAAUCUCCGUUUCCCCUUUCAUUAAUUAAUACUCUAUCUGCUAUUCUCUCUCUCUCUCUCUCUCUCUCUCUCUCUCUCUCUCUCUCUCUCUCUCUCUCUCUCUCUCUCUCUCUCUCUCUCUCUCUCUCUCUCUCUCUCUCUCUCUCUAGUCAUUCCAGUCUUCAGGAUUCCAGUUUUCCAGUCACUUGAGAAUUCGGGAAAUGAAAUAUUUGAUCUGAAAUAUUUUUUGUGAAUUUUCUAUUGUGUAAAAGAUUAGAUUUGUAUUGAAAAAUUUGAUUGGAUGUACUUUUUUAUUGGUUCUGAUAUAGGUUUUACUGGCGGAAUAUUAUGUAUGUAUAUAUAUAUAUAUUUUUCACUAAUUUGUCUACUUUUUUACGUCAAUCUUGCCAAUUUUUUGUAUUUUAUUUAGGUAAUAUUGGCGAAAGUUUACGUCUAUGCAAUUUAUUUAUUUAUUUUUUUAAGGGAUCUGUACAUUUUUGGUUAAUUCUGUGAGUUUUCUGUAGAUUUUUUGUCAGUUUCUUCGAUUUUCGGAGGAAUUUUUUAGUUUCCUGAAUUUUCGGUAGAUUUCUGGUAAAUUUCUGGGUUUUUUCUAUAGAUUUCUGGUAAAUUUCCGGAUUUCUCUGUAGAUUUCUGGUAAAUUUUCGGAUUUUUCUGAAGAUUUGUUAAUUUCUGGAGUUUUCUUGAGUUCAGUAUUUUUUUUAUAUUUUUUAUUAGUUAUCUGGAGAUGUCUCGUAAAUUUCAUGAGAUUUCAGUAGAUUUUAUUUUCUCGUCAACCUUGUGAGAUUCCAGCGCGUCUUCAGUUUCAUUUUACUGAUACUUCCCGCGAAGGAAUCUUUGUUUCUUACACGAAUUCUAAAGGGAAAGUUUUAAAUGUGAGCAAGAAUAUGAAGUCAAACUAGAAUUAAACUCUCUCUCUCUCUCUCUCUCUCUCUCUCUCUCUCUCUCUCUCUCUCUCUCUCUCUCUCUCUCUCUCUCUCUCUCUCUCUCUAGGGGAAGAAUACAGUCCACCACCACCACAUCUCCGAACGAAAUAUUGAAACGCCAAAAUAAAAUAGAUAAAAACAAUGAAAGAAAGAAAAAAGAAAGAAAAACAGUAAGAGAAGAAUACUGAAGUGAUUAUCUUGGUGAAUUUGACCCUACACACACACACACACACACACACACACACACACACACACACACACACACACACACACACACACACAGUAAUAACUCAAUUAACCUGCAAAUUAAGGAGGCGGAUUGAAGCAGGUGUGUUGUAGGAUGAAUAUAACAAAAUCACACGUAAAAAAAAUGUAGUUAUGAUUAAAUACUGAAAAAUUAAUGUAAAAAUAAGAAAAAAUAGACAAAUUAUGCAAGAAAAGAAUAAAAAAAAAAUACAAGUAAAAGAUACAGAAAAUAAUAAAAACGAAAUGGAAAUAUAUAAAGUAGACGAAAUUAAUUAAAUAUAAUAUAACAAAAAAAUAGAUAAAUAAAAAGAAAAGCGAACGAAAGCAACUGAAACAAUAAAGUGAAACAGCCCCCCCCAAAAAAAAAAAAAAUAGACAAAGAAAAAUAAAGAAAAAUACAAAGAAAGAAAACAAAAUCAACAAAAAACGAUAUAAACCAAAAAAAAAUACGAAGAAAAACAGAUAAAUAAAUAAUAAAAACAAAUAAAUAAAACCAACAAAAGGAAACCAUGAUAUUGUAACUAGCAACAACCAAACGGAGAUUACGAGGCCAUUAGAGGUUCAAGGUGUACUGAACACAAAUAUAUUCCCAGGUGAGAGAGGGCCAGGUGAGAGGCGGAGGAGGGGAAGAGGUGCUCAGGGAGAGUCUCUGAGAAGGAACUGAUUAACAAUGCAUGGAGGGAGAGGAGAGGAGGAAAGAUGUUACUGGAGAUGAAAACCUUGAGAGAGAGAGAGUGGUCAAGCGAGAGAGAGAGAGAGAGAGAGAGAGAGAGAGAGGUUGGGAGAAGCUUAUAUUGGCUUUAACAGGUGUGGCCAGUUCUUGUCCUCUCUCUCUCUCUCUCUCUCUCUCUCUCUCUCUCUCUCUCUCUCUCUCUCUCUCUCUCUCUCUCUCUCUCUCUCUCUCCCCUCAAGUAUACAUUUGAAGAAAUUACCCUAAUAAAAUACCAAUAAUAAUAAUAAUAAUAACAAUAACAAUGAUAAUAAUGAUAAUAAUAAUAAUAAUAAUAAUAAUAAUAAUAAUAAUAAUAAUAAUAAUGGUCGGUUCCUUUGCAAUUACAUUAUAAGAAAAAUUAAUCUCGGUUCGUGAUUCUCCUUAUUUUUUUCUUUCUAUUUUAAUCCAUUUUAGGAGAAUUUCGCUUCAAAAUACUGUGACGGUUCGGUCCGGUUCGCAUGCGGCUUCGCUUCCUCGGAUUCGAACAGACUGGAAUUAUACGCUUAGUUGACCUCUCCCCUUUCCCCGUUUUCUGUUGUAGAGGAAAACGUAAUAUAGAAAACGAGAUCUCUUGAGUUUUUUUUUAUUUCUUAUGACUAAAAGGGAAUAUUGAUGAAUUAUUAUUAUUAUUAUCAUUAUUAUUAUUAUUAUUAUUUUACUUUUUAUUUGUUUUUAUUUGUAGGUUCGGUUCCGAGUCCUGUUUCGAAACAUUUGAAGCUUUAUUUCGAGACGAGACUGUUUGUUUGUUUAUUUAUUUGUUAGUAAUGAUAGGAGGAAUGAAAAGGGAGGUCUCUCUCUCUCUCUCUCUCUCUCUCUCUCUCUCUCUCUCUCUCUCUCUCUCUCUCUCUGGAUGAAGAAAAUGUAUAACUUGUAUGUGUAUUUUAUAACUGUGAGUGUAAAUUUGUAUAGCGUGUACAUAGUGACCAUUAAUACUAAUAUUGUAUUUUUGCAA